AUGUCUCCUACGCUCGUGGAGGACCAGCCCGAUCAUGACGCGACGCGGCUGCGGGCCCUCGCCCAAGGAUUCAAUGCGCUGCUCGAAGCUGCCAAACAACUGACCAGGCAGGAACAACUUCUUCGAAGUAAGCUGCAGUCGGCUCAUGAUGAGUAUUUAAAGCUCGCAAGCCAGCUGACUGAGGGGUCAACCGCCCAGCAGAGCGAGGUACUAGAUUAUUUAUUGAAGCCAAACAUCGACAGCCAGCCUGUAAUAGCUGACACGACCGAAUGGGUUCGCAAUAUUGAGCAAACUGGCCAUAUUACAGAAGAGGGUGCCAAGUCGGUACUAGACGCUUCUAAAAUAGCCGCGGGGUUUAUAAAGAAGCCCUGUCGGAAUGAAAUACAAAAAUCACACGUAUGUCCUUUUAGCAAGCCUGACAUAAGAACGUCGAUGGAGAAGGACUUCACUACGAAUGGGACAAAAGGUAAUUUACACUGCCCUUUCAAAAAGCCUAAAGAGAAGGUCUCUAGUAAUGGACUGGGCGUCGUAAAUGGAGACCCAGAAUUAUGUGGCAAUGACGAUUUUGACCCUAUCAAAGCGGAGUGUCGCUCGGAUGCUCCGCCCUGUGUGACGGGCUCAACUCGUUCUACAACAAUAAGAUGCCCAAUCCGCUAUCUAAAUGAUCACUCGCCGGAAGCAAUAGCAGAAUACUUCCAGAAACAUAAGCACGAGAUUCCUCGCAGUCAUUCCAUAUGUAUCCAGCGGUAUCAGAAGGACCCACAAAAUAUUCGGCAGCUGGACGAGAAGUAUGGCGACAUAGUGAGCAUGGUCAAGGGCCUUGGGGUAUACCAUCAGCCCUACUUGUCUUCACCGCCUGCCGUUCCAGUUGCUGAGCACAACAAGCAUGACAACGAUGCCACGCAAAGAGUUGAAAAAUGGGUUGAGGAUGUCAAUAACAAAUCGCCCAACAUAGGGAACCAUCCACUUUCAGACAUCGUUGACACGGAUACUGACGAUGUUGAAGCAAGAGAUAAUAAUUUCAAGCGUUCUCUUCGAGAUGUCCGCGUGGGAGAAUCUCCAAGUAGGCCUUGGGGCAUUCAUGUCCCUGUCUCGCAAAAGCCAGCUCAAAGCAGCGUUGCUUCAACCCCCGCCCCGGCCCCUGUGAGUAUCUGGCCUGAAGUCAAAGAGCCCAUCGAAAAUCUCUCCGCUGCGUUAGGUAACGAUGAGCUUCAAGACCACCCCACCAAGGGCCGUUGCCCUUUUGAUCAUUCCGCGAAACCGGAGGCACUGGAACCAAUACCGGUCAAAGAGCCAUCAAGUGAGCCGUCAUUGUCUGACAGCCCCCAUGUUCCCGAUGCGGGCACGCCAAAACCAGCACCGUCCUCUCCCCAUAUCGUAUUCAAUGGGCCCGUGAUACUUGGCUACAGCGGGGAGGCGGUUGCUUUGCUCCUAGAGAAGCUAGCACAAUGCGGGAAACUCUGA